ACGGGAGGGUCCUGUUGAGAAUUAGCAUCCAAGUGGGUGGGACGUGGAAGCAGCUGUGAGUUAUAAGCUCUAGUUCUUUUUCGACGCUUUUACUCUCCUGACGGGCUCAGCUCAGAGUAGUUUGUUUCCAGGACAGCUUUCUGCACCUCCAGUUUGGAAAUCCUCACUCCUCCUACAAUGGCAGCGAUCGGAAACCGUGGCACAGUGAAAGAGGCGUCUGGUUUUGACGCAGAAGCAGAUGCCCAGCGUCUUCGAGGAGCCAUGAAGGGAGUCGGUACUGAUGAGGCAGCUAUCAUCGAGGUCCUAGCACACCGCACUAUCGCCCAAAGGCAGCGCAUCAAAGAGGCCUAUAAGCAAGCAGUGGGAAAGGACCUGGCUGAUGAGCUGUCCUCAGAGCUGAGUGGGAACUUCAGGAGCGUUGUUCUCGGUCUGCUGAUGCUGGCGCCUGUGUAUGAUGCCUUUGAGCUGAGAAGUGCAAUGAAGGGUGCUGGAACAGAAGAGGCCUGUCUCAUCGAUAUUCUCGCCUCAAGGUCAAACGCUGAAAUAAAAACCAUCAAUGCGUUCUACAAGAAAGAAUAUGGCAAGGACCUGGAGGAUGCUGUGUGUGGGGACACAUCAGGAAUGUUUCAGAGGGUUCUGGUCUCUUUACUCACAGCUGGACGGGAUGAAAGCAACAAUGUGGACGAGGCCCAGGCUGUUCAGGAUGCCAAGGAAAUCUACGAGGCUGGAGAGGCUCGAUGGGGCACGGACGAGGUUAAAUUCCUCACGGUGCUUUGUGUGAGGAACCGAAACCAUCUGAUGCGAGUAUUCGAGGAGUAUCAGAAGAUCUCUGGGAGAGACAUUGAGGACAGCAUUAAGAGGGAGAUGUCUGGCUGUCUGGAGGACGUCUUUCUGGCCAUAGUGAAAUGUCUAAGGAGCAAGCCAGCGUUCUUUGCAGAGCGAUUAUACAAAUCAAUGAAGGGCCUGGGCACUACAGAUAGUGUCCUCAUCAGAAUAAUGGUUGCCCGGGCGGAGAUUGACAUGUUGGACAUUAAGGCGCAGUUCCUGAAGAUGUAUGGCAAGACUCUCCACUCCUUCAUCAAGGGAGAUACAUCUGGUGACUACCGCAAAAUCCUCCUGGAGCUGUGCGGAGGCGAGUAAAAGACAAUCAGAACAGCAUCCAGCUCUGUCUUUAUUCCACAUUAUGAGCGCUUUAUCCUGUUGAUGACUUCCGUAUCUUGUCUUCUUUCUUGGUCUUCACAUUUCACUGACUGACCGCAGUGCCUUGUUUUACUGUUUGUACUGUAAUACCAAUUAAACCAAAGACCAAUGACCUUUUA